AUGAAAGUGAGGAUUAAAGAACCAAGGAUUAACGAUGCCUUGAGUAAUCUUUCCCAAUCGGUGUCUUAACAGAGUGUUUCUGAUUUGUUGCAUAACAUGGCUACUUCAAGAGAUGUUGUAUUCCGGACUUUCCGCAGACAGUUACUUCGAAAUAGACGCAUAAUUCCUGUUACAAACAUCGCAGAGCUACUUGAGUAUGUACUACUAUCACAAAACGAUGACGUAAACCAAACCUCGUGCACCGAAUACGUUGAACUUCCUAGAAGGACUUGCGGAGUUAGGAAUUGAUAAGGGCGUAAUAAAGAACAAUGAAAUCCUAAGUGAUUUAAAAGAAAGAGAAAAAGACUACCGAAAUCACGAAAAUACUUUCGAACGAGGGCAGUGUAGAAAGUUCAUCGAAUAGAGAGGAAGAGGGGGAGAAAUUAGUUUCUGUGAAUGUUGGUGAAGCUGGAUAUACCCAAGAGAGCGACAACGACACUGAAAACGACAGUCAGGAAACAGAGAGUAGUAGUCCUGAAACGUCCACUACCUUUCACUCGGAAAAUCCCUGUGAACAUUGUGAGAAUCUAAUGUGUACGGGGCAUUGAUUAUGAAAUGUCCUAAAUGCUCUUGGCACGAUUACUACAAGUUUUGUCCUAUGAGAUAUGUGAUCACGAGAUCCCCGAGAGAGAAAUUACAUCAAAUUAUAUACGGUGUCACGACUGUGGAGAAAAACACAAAAACGCGAAUACGUUGGAAACCAAUUUUUAUUCGUUUUCUAAAGAGAAUAACGAAGGAGAUGACUGAUUUUUAAUCACUUUCAAACUGCUCUCUAUUUUAUUCUUUUUGUUAUUGUUCUUCAAUAAAGUUUUUAAAAUGGUAUCUCUUGUCUGGUUUUAUUGGGAGCAUUUAUUAAUUAGGUCGCGUGAUUGAUCAUUUCUUAGGACGUAGGUCAACUAUUGUUUUAUUUAAUAGUAGACAUUUAAACGUUGUCCCGUGAGCUUUCUCCGCAUGCAGAGUUCAUAUGCAAAUGUAGAUCAGUGGCCAUGCAAGCAUUUGCUCAUAAUUAUUAGUGUUUAAUGAACUGUAGACCGAUCUCAAGUGACCAAAAGGUGAGAGGUGAGUUUUUUCUGAAUUCUACGCUGUUAUCAGGAUACAAGGGCGGCUGUGCUUGUAAGGAAUGUGACUGAAAUUUUUGGCCGAAAAUGAUCACUACGACUAUCAUUUUAAUUCGAUAUUUUGAUGCUGGGGCUUGUUGUAAGUACUUUGAGUACUAUGAGAUAAAUGGAUAACUUAAGGACUAUGACUUGUAACGGAAUCUGCCUCUUUUACAGAUGUCACGCGCACUUGACAAAAUGAUUAUCAGAAAGUUGAAAUUUGGUGAAAACUCUGCUCCGCAGAGAAAAACUACAAUCAUUCCCAUUCCUCCGAGGUCAAAAGAUCAUAAUUGUUUUCUCUCAGCUUAGAAAUUGUUGAUCCGGGUAGGUCACACAGUUUUUUGUUAAGCGACGUUAUUUCAGUACAGAUAGUUGUGGUCCUGGCCAUCAUACGAUAGUGAUCAAGCUCUAUUACUUUUAAAGACUGCUGAAUACCCAUUUUUCCUCCUUCAGAUGAUCCAUACAUAAAAUCCUAGUUAAAGCAAUAUAAACAAUGACAUCAUACCCACAUAAGGAUAUGACACACAUAAUUAAAAUAAACUAUCACAUCAUCCGUCUAAUAAUAGCAAAAACCUGUAAAACCGGUUAAACCAACUGGAAGAUGCAGACGACCUCCGUAUUGUAUUCAUGAGAUAAAGACAAAAGGUCAUGACAUCAUCGGCGUUAAUGUUUCCCCCCCCCCCCAAGUUGAUGAAAUUCCCUCGCACAAAAACGAAGUAAAACAUCCAUACCCCACUACUUGCGUCCGUACACUCCGUAACAACUAGAUGCUGCAAUAAUAUUCAUAUCCCGAAAGUGAACCUAGAGGUCGCAAAGAGAUCGUUUUAUUUCACAGUUGCGAUUGAAUUUAACAACCUCCCCAUCUUUAUCAAAUCAAAGAAAUCCUUCCUUGAUUUCUCAAGGGAAACUAAAUAUUUUUUCUUAAUUAGUUAGUAAGUUUUUUUUAUCUGUUUGAUCUAAAUAUUUGUUUUUAUAUAUCAGCCUUGCACAAUUUUCUUAGUUUUUACCUUUUAGACUUUUUGUACUAGUUUUCUUUAUGUAUUUUAAUAACAGGACCCCCUUUGAUAACAGUGUUUAUUACACUAACGGGGUUAUCCUGUAUAAAUAUUAUUAUUAUUAUCAUUAUUAUUAUCAUUCUAUAAAAGCGUUGGAAAACUUACAAAACUGCUCUGAUAUAAGUGUUUUUAAAAGCCGUGGGUGGUAAAUGGUCAAUCAUAUUUGUAGACAGAUCACUGGAAGAGAACACAUUUAAUAAUAAUAGAAAAAAAUGAACAAAUGGUAGUUCAUUUAAAUCCUGUUUAUAAUUCAUUCGAAAUACUUCUCCAUUUCUAAUUGGCUCGAAUAUUUCGGUUAACCUGAUUUUUCAUAACCAGCUACCAUUGACCUAAUUUGGAAGAUAUUUGUAGGUAUGUAUUGCAAAGACAUCGAAAGAAAAAGGGACAACAGAAGAUGUGAAUGUUUAGCUGUUUGGCAUAGUUGGAGAAAAUGGCAAUUUUCUAGUUUUGUGAAGAAAUCAAAAACCCUAACCGUCUUAAAUAACAAUUUUAGCAAAAAUACCACUUAGCAGUGAUCUGACAUCCGUGCUAUUGACAUAAUUUUUGCUAAAUAAAGAAUUCCCUUCAUAAGCUGAAAAUGACGAGGAAAAUAAAAUUAUUAUGAAAAUGGGAACAUUUCAAGGAAAGAGGUAAGGAUGUUUUAUUUUUUAAAGAAUUAUGCAGAUCGUGGAAGGAGAUAUCCGCCUCAGCCUUCAGCCUUGGUGGAUAACACUCGUCAACGCAAACUGCAUAGUUGUUCAAAUCAUACUCAGCCUCAUCCCAUAGUUGCUAAAUAAUUCAUCAUUCAUCACCCGCCUGAAGUAAAGUGAAACUUGUGCAACCAUUUAGUUACCCAAAAUUGCUCUUAACGUAAAAGUAACUGUAACAAGAUUGAGUUAAUUAUGAACACUCGUUGAACAUUGAACACUUCUGUUAUCGCCUUUUCUGUGAAGUCUUUUUAUUGUAUUACUUAAGUAGAAUUCAAAUGACAAACGAUUAACUAUUAUAGUCAAGUCGGUUUACUUUUUUCUACGGCUUGAGAUAACUUGUGUUCAUUUUUUUUAAUGCGGCGAUGAUAGUAAAAAGCAAUUCGCAAAUGAAUUUUUCAAAACACUAAAUUUGCUUUUUAGAAUUCUUCCCUAAACAUUUAGCGCUAUUGUAGUGUUUGAUUCAGGGACACUGGCCUCGAAAUUAUUACUAUCUUUUUAGCUACGGCUAAUCAAAAAAGGCUUCUUGCUUCUAGCGCCUCGACUCGGACGGACUUGCGAUAAACUUAAUACUUACAGCUUCCAAAUGAAUAUAUAUCCUGCCUUGCCAAGCUUUGUUAUGUCCGCUAUCUGGUUAUCGUCGAAACGUCUGAAAUACGAAAUGGUAACAUUCAUUUUCAAAAAGAGUAUUAAAAGAAAAAGGAACCUUUAAAUGUUUUGCACUGUAAAUGUUAAGUUUCUUGGCAAGUUACCCUUGUCACCCUCGCUGAGAUAAACUUGAAGAAACUAGGUAUCAGACUAAAAUUGUAUGUGAAACGUCUUCUACUGAGGUAGAGGUAGUCUUAACUCACAAUGUUUGUAUAUUAAAAGCGACAGUAAGGAAGUAUCCAGCAUUCAGUGGCAAGAGUUGAAAAAUCGAUUUCUUUUACUUUUUGUCCAUAGAUACAUUUUAAGUGGAUAAGUAAUCUGAUGUGAAUUAUUCUCGCACUUUUAUUUUCCAAAAAAGUGAAUUGAAGUAUUUUUUGUCAAAGCGGACAGCUAUGACAGCGGACAGCUGUAAUCAAGUUAAUGCAGGAAUGUGCUCAUCUUCGAUUCAUCUCAUAUUUUAUUGAUUCUUUGUGUUUUCCGGAACUGUCGUAUGCGACUAGCUCAAAUGUGUUUUUCCUGCUUUAAAUAGGAAUUUAAAUGGAUGAUAAAAAUUGAAAAGAGACUUUUUAAUGGUUUAUUGCCUCCAAAAAUUCGUAGGACAAAAUUCGACGCAGACGGGCUGUAUUGCCUAAUAUUCGCUCUCCGAUUUGCUACGAGCUGACCCCAAAUGAAGGCCAAAUUAAAAAAUAGCGCGAAAAUUAAUUGAAGGGUUAUAAAGCGAAAUAUCUUCUUGUUCAGUCAUCCUUUAGUGAAUUGCCUUGGUGAAAGUCAUUUUUUCUCGAUAAAUGUCAAGUACCAAAACUCUAGCUCCGUCUUUCAGAGUUUCUUCAACAAACUAAGCCAAUUUCCAUUUGGUUAAACGACAAGCUAUAAUGACGAGAAUUUGAAGUUUAAUCGAAAUGAACUUGAAACUUAAAUUUUUGUUAUGAUAAUCGUGAAACAUAUCCUUCAUUUCUGAAUAAUUAUCUAGGUUCGAAGAGUCUAGCUAUUGCCUUAAAAAAGUAUUAUCUAAUGAAAGAAAAUACGUGGUUGUUGUUGUUGUUUUUGGUUUUGGAGAGUGUCCAAGUUUUUCCAUCUUUGUUUGCGAACGCGAGAAGAGUGGAAAAGUUAGGCCAUUCUGAGACUCCGACCUCGAAGACCAAUAUUCUAGUUUUUUUUCUCUCGAAUAAAAAGCUCUUUGCGGGAAUAAUUCACAUCAAAAUUAUUAUCUUCCUAAAGGUACAUGUAUAUGGACAAAAAAAUUAAAGAAAUUGAUUUUUCAUUGCCUGGAUCUCAUCCGAUUACCUCGAGUCGUUAUUGCUCCCUCAGUAACGUCUGAAUCGACCGGCCGUUAAUGCCGUCCAGUGACGUCACUACUCCUUGAUCUUUGCUUUAAUUCAUGCAAAAAGUAACACACGAGUUUCAAGUGGCAAACCGAGAAAUAUCGUUUGGAAAUGUCUGCAUGAUACAGAAUUGCUUUAUUUUUUCGAUCGUAAUUCAUAUUUAACAUUCAAACUAUCAACUGCAUGCAGUACAACUCUGAACCGGUUGCACUGAAUUCUAUAUUUUAUCUUAAACAGCAAAAUUGCCCUUGUCUUCGAAACUGAAAUGACUGAAAUGCUAAAUUGAAUUGCGAAUGAAGAAUGAUUGCGGACAGUCAGUAGGUUUUCCAUUUAGAGCCGCUUUGUGGUUUCGGCGGCCGGUGAUUUUGUUUACGCGAAGUUUUCUGAGAUCAAGAUUGAAAAACCUGCGCAGCGUAGUACUUAAUGUUAAUUUAAAAAUUGUAAAACUGACGCUGUUAUUAUAAGAAUCUUAACCGACGUUUCGGCAAUGCUGCCUUCUUUAGGGUAUACAAGACUGUAUACGGUUAUACCAAAUGAAGGAGGUCUCCGCGCACUGCAAUACUAUUUUGACAAGAGAGAGAUCCUUGAACCACCUACGGAUACUCUCCUACGCAUGGCUGAACUAAUACUGACACUUAACACUUUUGAAUUAAAUGGUGAAUAUUACAAACAAACAGGUGGAGUGGCCAUGGGUAGUCGAGUAGGGCCGAAAAUUAUGCCUGUCUUUUUGUUGGCCAUGUGGAGGAACGCAUGCUUUCCAGUUAUACCGGUGUAAAACCAGACUUAUACAAGCGGUACAUGGAUGAUGUGGCCGGCGCUGCUUCAUGUAGUGAAGAGGACCUCCGUCAGUUCCUCGAGUUUGCUUCCUCGUUUCACCCUAGCCUUGAAUAUACAUGGUCGGUCUCAACGGACAGACUUCCUUUCCUGGAUAUCUGCAUGAAGCCUCAAGCUAAUCGCAUAGCCACUUCUAUACAUUACAGAGCCACGGAUAGCCACUCUUACCUCAACUUCAGUUCAUCCCAUCUUUACAGUUGCAAGUCAUCCAUACCUUAAAGUCAGUUUCUCAGACUGCGUAAGAUCGCUGACUUCGACAUUGAGGCAGCAAAAAUGGAGACCUUUUUUGCAGCACGCGGAUAUCCGACUGAUCUCAUUAGAAGGGGAAGGGAGCGAGCAUCGACCAAAUCAAGGGCUGAAAUUUUGAAGAAUGACGCUGCUAACAACAUCGCUAAGGAUAGAGUACCUUUUGUCACUACCUUCCACCCCAGUCACCUUGUUGUCGAGAAAAUAAUCUCAAGGAAUUUCCGGAUCCUUCGCGAGGAUAGCAGGACAAGCAGGAUCUUUAAUAAACCAACAUUGAAGGCUUUCAGGCGUGGCAAGAAUCUGAACGAUCUGCUAGUCAGAAACAGCCUACUUCAAAACCUUCCACACCAGUUACCUGGUACUUUCCCUUGUAACAGGACCGUUUGCCGCACAUGUCCCCAUGUUAAUUCAUCAUCCACAAUUGCAACACCCAAAGGGCAUGUUUACAUCACGGGACAUUUUUCCUACAUCACUGAACACGUGGUUUAUUGCUUGUCGUGCACCAAGUGUCCAUCGAUAGUGUACAUUGGGGAGACUGGACGCAGGUUGGCAGACCGUUUUCGAGAACACCGCAGAGAUAUCAUCAACGGGAGGAAUGACCUUCCUGUACCUGCCCACUUCAACCAACCAAGUCAUACACUGGAGGACAUGAAGGGCAGGCCUAGCCAACCAGGAAUAUCGUAA